AUGACCGAUGGAGUCUUCAGCCAGGCAGAUACACAGCCCAUGGGCUCUCGGGUUUCCAUGACAUCCAUCACCAGCGCGGUGCGGGCAGCAGCUCAUUGGGCUUCCUAUACCUGGAAGUCGUCCAAGGUCAAAUACCAGGGACUAGCCCGGGAUGAUGACAUCACUGACAGUCUCAGCAAAAACUAUGACCUCAACAAAAGGCUUCUGGAUCACUUCAGGGCGCUCGCCGACAGUAACCAAGACACAGACGAAGUGGACCUUCAGUACCUGCACAACACCAUCAAGGACGGAGCUGACGUCAACUCCGCAGACAAAUAUGGACAGACAGCCCUGCAUGAGAUCUCGCGGGCUUGGAACGCGGACGUGAUGCACUUCUUCCUGGAGAGGGGGGCGGAUGUGCAGCGGGCCGAUUCGUAUGGGGUCACGCCCCUCCACGUGGCCGCAGCGCUGGACUACGAAGAGAUGAUACAGUUCCUGCUGGAGAGACAAGCGGACAUUGGGGCUCGUACCCACAAGGACCUGCAGACCCCCUUGCACUUUGCAGCGAAGAACGAUGCCGUGGGCGCCCUCCGGAUCCUCCUGCAGCACGGGGCUGACAUCGCCGCCCGCGACUACAAACAGAGAACCCCUCUCCAGCUGGCUGCCAACCUGGACCGCAGCGAGGCCGCGCGCACGCUGCUGGAGCUCGGGGCGGACGCCGGGGUCCGGGACUCUGACGGACAGCUCUGCAUCACCGCCAUGAUCGGCCGAAUGCCCCCGGUGGCCCAGCUGGCGCUGAACCAGUUCCACGUGACGGACCGAAUGACCCGGCAGCAGUUCUACUACCUCCACCUCCUGGAGCCAGAGCCACCCUGCAAGAGUCUCCAGAAGACAAGCUCACGAGCACGGAAUGCAAAUGAACCCACAUCACCGCUGGAGUUCAUUGUGCGCCAGGGCAGGCUGGACCUCAUCAUGCACCCUGUGGUCCUGAAGUUGAUCGCGGUGAAGUGGAACCUGUACGGCAGAGCGGGGGCCUGGAUACUUUUACUCCUCAACUUCUUCUUCAUCGUUUCCUGGACGACGGUCGCCAUCUCCGUGUCCGUGACCCGAGCGGAAGAGAAGCCGUACGUCUUCCCCGCGGACUGGUGGCGGGUGUUGGUGGUGGUCUUGGCUCUGGGCUUCACUGUGAUGGAGAUCUGUCAGGAGGUGGCAGAGAUGCUGCGGUCCCGCAGGAAGCUGCUAGGCUGGCAAAGCUGGUGUGAGCGCAGGAUCAGCGAUGACUUACGCUGCGCUCACCCAAUGUGGCCCGAGAGGUUAAAGAAUGUAUUUGAUUGGUUGGUCUAUGUGCUGCUGAUAGCAGUGUUUGGGGUCCACGUGGCAGACAUCUUCAUCAUUGAAAGCACGCUGCGGACAUACAGCCUGCGCCUCUUUGCGGUGACCGUCAUCUUCCUCUGGCUGAGACUGAUGAAGCAUGUCAGAGCCUUUAGGGUGAUGGGCCCGUUCAUUGUGAUGUUGGGGAAGAUCGUGGGGGAUGUUCUGCGGUUCCUCUUCCUCUACAUAGAGAUCUACAUCCCCUACGCCUGUGCCUUCUGGAUCAUUUUCGGAGGCACGGCGGCAGUGCCCAGCAUGGAGACCGUCCCGAAGCUGCUGUACAGCCUGUACCGGCUCACGCUGGUGGACGAGUACGAGUUCGACGCCAUGGUGGCCGAGGACUCCAUCAUGGCCCACCUGCUGUGCGGCACCUUCCUGGCGCUGUCGGCCAUCCUGUGCGUCAACCUGCUGAUCGCCCUCCUGUCGGACACCUUCCAGAGGGUGUACGAUAAUGCCUUUGCGAACGCGGUGAUGCAGCAGGCCUCCGUCAUCCUGCAGGUGGAGGAGUCUAUGCCUCGUCUGCGGCGUUUCUGCGACGACCAGCACAUCCACCGUCACUGCGCCCCCUUGGCAGAAUUCUACGAUGAGGACAUUGAGACUGACCCGGACCAGCACGCCGAGAUGGCAAAGCUUACCACACAGAUCAAGGAGACUCUGGAUGAGUUUUUGGAGAUUAGCAAGCAGGCCAGCCCCCUGGACCCAAGGAAACCAGAUGAUGCGGACAGAGGUGCAGGGCAUAGACGGCCCUCAAGUCCAACAUCCCCACUGGGUCAGGGAGACUGUCUUAGGACUCUACAGAAGCUGCAGAGGGACCAGAACCAGCAGACCCAGGACCUAAGCGCCCUGAGGAGGGAUGUGAGGGAGCUGCAAGCUCUGCUGCAACAGCUGAUCCAGAGUGGGCCCAGCUCACGUCAGUACCACCACCAUCACUGCAGCCAGUCUGGGUCAGAACCAUAG